GCGUGUGUACAGGCCUAUAUACAGACUACAUGCCUAUUAAGGCAAACCAGUUUGCUCAAAGCCAACAGGCCCAACCUGUCUAUCUUUAGACACGGCAUGCUAGGAGAGGGCGUGUUUACUGACGAGCUCAGGAACAACCACAAUGAUUAAAGUCCAAUCCAGGUAACCGCAGGUGACUCACUAAUUCAUUCACGGUGUUGCCAGGGUCACGCACAGAGCAACUUUGCUCGUGAACGUCGAAGAGGCCGCUCUGUAAGAAGAUCCGCUCUUCACUUUCCACAGUAAAGGAAGGCUCUCAACGCCGGGCAAACAAUGAAGUCGUUUUUGCUACCUGCGACCAUAGUGGUGUCGGUCGCUUUGGUGGGGAUCAUGAAACUGCGGAAAGGUGAGCACGAAAAAUACGAGAAGCAGUUCAAGUUUCAGGAUGUCAGACUGCGGGUUGCCCAUGAUGUGCUGGGAGAAUAUCAGAACGAUAAGGCACAGAAGCAGAACAUGCUGGAAAAGGCCAGCACUGAGCAUAAAGCGCUGGAGGAGGAGGUGGACAAGCUCCAGACCGACGGGGACAAGUUAAAGGGAGAUACGAAAUCCUGCCAGGCAGACCUGAAGACAAUAACAGAUGAGGCGGCAGCAGCAAAGAUACAGUUAAAAAGUCUGAAAGCUGACCAGGAAAAAGAGAAGACGAGCUGGACAACAGAAGAAGACACUCUGAAGCAGGAACUAGCAAAAUACAGCUCAGUGUGCAAGUUCAUAAAAACAGAUAUUGCAGAAGCUAGAACUCUGUGUGGAGUACAAGAGCAACCAAAAGCUGAAGCCCCCAAACAAGAGCAACCAAAGGCCGAGGCCCCCAAACAAGAGCAACCAAAGGCCGAGGCCCCCAAACAAGAGCAACCAAAGGCCGAGGCCCCCAAACAAGAGCAACCAAAGGCAGAGGCCCCCAAACAAGAAGAGGCAAAGGCUGAGGCCCCUAAGGCUUAAAAGGCUAAAGGAAUUGGACCCAUAAGAUCAGGCAUGGAUACUAGUAUCCUGGACUUGGUCUAAUUUGGUGUGUGAUAUACAAGGCCUUCCCUGUAAAAGAGUUUGCCUGGAUGGGAGAAUAUGUUCAUUUAAAACCCAUAUAUAUCUUUCUCCCCUCAGUCAUGUCCCUGACCUGUUACUAGUUGUACUACUCACUCUUCCAGCCUUUUGUUUCCAUCCCAACUUUUAAUAUUAACCUUGUUUAAGAGGAACAAUGUUUAUCUGCUCUGCUUUAGUUGAAUUCAUGGCACAAAAGUAAUGCAAAACUGUAAACUAACUAUGUUUUGACUGAUUGGUUGUAUGCAUGUAAUAUCUUGUAAACAGUAUGCUUGAGUUUAGGUUUAAACAAUUUAAAUGAAAAGAAAUGAAAUGCAUGUCUUUUGGCAUUUUCAAACAGUAAGGGGAAUAUUUCUGUAAUGUAAGUUCAAAGUCUCCACAGCAGUCUUUUUUAAAAUUAAGUAGCAGAAUAAUUACACAGAAAUGCACUAAGAGUUAUUAUAGUGCAAAAAAACCACAAUUAUAUGUGCAGGGCACAUUAUUGUUCUUAAAAAUGGAACAUCAUGAUCAUUUGUGUGUGAGAUGGAGUGCUGUGGCAGGCUGCAAAUUUUGGUAUCAAUCCGAUACCAAGUAAAAGGGACAAUAUUGCCAAUAUGAAUAAUGGUAUCAAUAUUUUUAGAUUUAUUACUUAUAAAGGCAGCUUAUGGAGGGAAGAGCCGCGUGUCAAAACCAUUGAGAUGAAUCAUCAGUUUGCAAUUACUGAACACAUUUUAAUGACCAGUAAAUCAAUGAUUUUUACUUUCAACAUCACACCUUUCAGCGUUUCAUGUUUUUUUUUUGUUUUUGUUUUUUUAAAUUUUGGGAUACCUGAAAUGAA